CUCUCUCUCUCUCUCUCUCUCUCUCUCUCUCUCUCUCUCUCUUACUUAAUUGGAUAUGAGCAACAUAUAGCUAAGAAGAGUGACCAGUGAGAGAUAGAGAGAAGAGAUAGAUCGUGUGUGUAGAGAUGGGUAGGGCACCUUGUUGUGAUAAAGCCAAUGUGAAGAAGGGGCCUUGGUCACCUGACGAAGAUGCCAAGCUUAAGGCUUAUAUUGAGGAGCAUGGCACUGGUGGUAACUGGAUUGCACUCCCUCAUAAGAUUGGUUUGAAGAGGUGUGGCAAGAGUUGCAGGUUGAGAUGGCUCAACUACUUGAGGCCCAACCUUAAACAUGGAGAUUUCUCAGAAGAAGAGGACCAAAUCAUAUGUAGCCUCUACAUAAGUAUUGGGAGCAGGUGGUCGAUAAUCGCGGCUCAGUUGCCGGGGAGAACAGAUAACGAUAUCAAGAAUUACUGGAACACAAGACUUAGGAAGAAAUUGUUGGGAAAGCAUAGAGAAUCAUCUCGCAGUGGUGGCAUAAGAAAUAACCAAGAACACAAUGAGCAUACAGUGAAUGGGAUGAAUUCGCAAACCCUGAGUGCGUCGGCCGUCGAAAGAAUACAACUCCACAUGGAGCUCCAAGGCCUCUACAACCCCUUGAUCUCCUUCUACAACAUUGAUCCUUUACUGUGGCAGCAGCAGCUUCCUUCAGUGGAAGGAGUCUUAGAAUCCAAUGAACAAAAUGUUUCAGAACACAAACAUGACAUACCAUGUAGCACUAUUGGUGCAACUAUGCAAGAGAAAAUGGAUAGCUCGGAAUUAGGAUUUCCUUCACCAGCGAGUAACGGUUCUGUCGGUGCGGAGAACUCGAGCUCGAACUUGAGCUCCGCGGCCGUGCAGCUUCAGACGGAGCUUCAUGAGUUGCUCUAUGGCAAGAAUAGCAGUUGCUUUGAAGCGCAACGGGAGCAUCGGUCAACCGGACUAGAGUGGUUUAAAGAGAUGGCCAGCGGAGAAAAUGAGAACACGAGUUGGUGGGGCGCGAACAGCUUCGACGAUGUAUCGCCAUCGGCUUCAAAUUCUUGGGGUUCUGCUUCGGCUCGCCAUCCGGACUCAAUGUUUCAUGACUAUGUAUUAGGGCAAGAUCUAUAGGCGUUGAUCAACGAAGUGGAGAAUUUUGAUUUUGAUGAUGUGCAAGUUAUUCAAUGCGUGAAGUUGAGUCGAAAAAUAUAUGUUGUUUAUAUGUGAAUAAUAGUAAUACAAUGUAUUAAUCUAGCUGUAGUUUGGAUUAUUCUUGAUC